ACGCGCAUCAUUGCGACCUUGUCGCCGUCCAUCGACUGCAUCGAAGAGUCCAUUGCGACGCUUAAAUUUGCCGACCGCGCCAAGCAAGUCAUGGUGUCGGUGCGCGUGAACGAGCAACGGGUGAUCGACCCGGCGUAUGUCGAGAAGCUCGAGGCUGAAGUGGUUGAGCUGCGGAGCGUCAUCUCAAGUCUCGAAGGCGGCAACUCGCCAAACCAAGUUGACUCGCAGCUCGUGCGUCUUCUCCAAGAGAACAACGACCUCAAGGCACAGACAGCCAAGCUUCGACGGGAGCUCGACGCCCGAAGCGGCCCCGAGUCGCUUGCCAGCACGAACAACAACAGCAAUGCCAACAACAAUGCGACCAUGGAGCCAAGCGACGACAGGACCAAGCAGCUUCUGGCCCAGAACCAACACAUGGAAGGCGUGCUGAGCCGGCUAAAGGACGCCACGGACCGCUUCUUCAAGUUUGAAAUCGAGGAAGACGACCUCAAAACCAUUCUCGAGACGUCGUUUCGUUCGCUUGGCACCAAUAAGGCCGCCGUCUCAGGUCGCCCGCCCGCCCUUACGACGGCGACUACAAGCACCUUUGCUCGCCUUCGCACCAAAUCGGCAGCGACAGUGCUGAAAACAGCACCGGACGUUGCGUUUCGCGUACGAGGCAAACCGUCGUCGAGCGAGAACGAGAGUACGUGGCAGACGGACGCACCACCGCGCGUCUCGGAGGAGGACGAGAUCAAGGCGGCCGAGAAGGCGCUGAAGAAGCAGGCCAAGAUCCAAGCCUGGCUCCUCGAGAAGGAGCGUCGGGAAAUGACCAAACUCCAGCAGCAGCAAGAGUACAUUGACGAACAGCGACGCGCCCAGGCUGAGAAAGACGCCAAGUUUUACAAGCGCGCCAUGGAGACCAAGAAGAAACUCUCGAGUGCCGUCCCCGAGGCGUCGACGACCUAGUUACUUGCCAUAAACUGUCAAGGCAUCCGUAUUCACCAUAA